UAUAUAUUCUGUAUAGAAAUGUGUUUUCCAACAUUGCUACUUCUCUCCCCCCUGGAAGUAUUACUACACUGUGACAGGUCUGGAUUGCGUUUGUGUGAUAUUAAUGUUUUGGUUGUGACUCUAAAGUUCAGCACAUCACUCUGCCAUCUCUGGUUCUUGUUAGGGGUGUAAAACUCCAGCACACAGCAGACAGAUUCUUCCUCUCUCCGCUUCAGGCUUCUACCAACCCUUUAGUACGUAAUGUCCCACAUCAGUGUCACAAAAAACCCAGAGAAAACUCCCAUGGCUUCCAACUGAGUGACGGGAGAGCUACUUAAUACGGGGGUGCGCUUUCAUUUCCUCUUUAUACCACCCCCCGCCCCGAGCCAUCCAGGUUUACCAUGGGAACUCAACCGACUCAGGAUCUCAGCCUUCUGUUACUGAUCAUUGAGUAUUAGAUUUAAUUCAUUCUCCCCGCUGCAAUCUCACAUUUGAAAAGCAGCAGUAGGCUGUAAAUAUUUUUCCUUUGGCUGGUCCUGCUGUUUUUCGUGAUCCAGGGUGAAUCUCAGUAUGUGUACUUGACCGCACUUGUGUUCUCGUGUCCCCGUUUUCCGUCGUCUUCCAUUGCCAAAGACCAGUUCCAAUACUAAGGAUUCAAGUACGGAGGAUGGUAAAAAUCUCCGGAUGUUGGUCUUUUUCGACCUCAGGUUGCAUCCUCGCCAUAUGAGACCAAUCCCAUGAUUCAUUGCUCCCCAAGUUUGUUCUUGGAAGGCAAGUUCGCAAGACCAGUUUUGCCAAGACCACAAGUAUGGUUUUUUGCAUUCUUGGUAUUGAGACUCAGUCCCUCUGUCUCAUGCUGAUUCCUAACCUUGAGAUUCAUUUGCUUCUUUUACCAUUGGUCUCCUGGGUGGUGGCUUCUCGUUGUACAUGAAGAUGCCGUUUUGGUGCUAAACCCUGGGAAUCCUUCAUUGGGGGAGGAAUUUGGCUCACGCAAUGUAAUGUGUAACAAGUGUUGGUGUGACGGAAAACUUACAAAAUGAUGUCUGCAGGAGGGUCAGGUAUGAGAAUACCCCCAUUUUAGGGCCCACCUCUCUUAGGUGUGUAUGUUCUACUCAGGGGUGUACUUAUUGUUUCUUUGAACCCCACUCAAAAAGUCACCCCCCCAGAAACUAAAUUAAUCACAAACUAAAUAAAUAGCUAGUGAGUACAGUCAGGAGGUCCUAGCUAGGUAGCUAGUUAGCAGAACAUGCGCUUCAGCAUCUCCUAAAUAUGGAACAUGCUUAUUUCAUAUUUAGUGUAAUGACUGUUCGUGACCAACAGGGGGUUCCCUAACCGCAGGAGCCCCAUGACCCCCUAAGCCCCAUGACCAUGCAUGAUUUGAGUGAUGGUAAACACCAGCAAUGAGCAAAGCAAGGUGAUGUACGCAGCCACUCGCUUGGCCUGUGUCUUUCUCCAGUUUCUUAACGUCUGUAUUCUUGCCCCCGAUGCUAAAUGCCCCCCCCCAUACACCCACCAUGACACUUGCUCCUUCCUGUGUCCUUGUGUGCUUUCCCCCCGCUGUCUGUUUAUGAUGUUCCCAGUCAUUUCUGCUGAUCUUGUCUCCCCUCCUUUCACCGACGUUCCUCCCUCCUGCUCCCAUGGAUGUGAUCUCACCCCCCCCCCCAGCGGCGUAGGAGUAGGAUCCAUGCUGGUGGAGCUGUCAUGUUCAUUCUGAAGUAAACAGGCUUGAGUGAUCCAGUUCCCCUGAGAAAUCCCUAUGUGCCAACGAAUUUACUUCCUGGUCGCAUCGAUACACAAGGAAUCGUGGGGGGCAGCAGUGAGGGGGGGGGAGAGCCCGAAUGGCAGAUGCUUGGGGGCCAGCCUGCGUGGGACGGUCGCUCUAGGAGCCUACAGGAGGGGCAGCACUUCACCUGGAGAAACUGACAGGACGUGUGCCCAUGAGGUCGUCAACGCUGGCCCUACUCUUCCUGAUCAGCGUCCAGGCUGUAGCACACAUAGGAGGGGACGCCCAGGGGACCGCUGGGCAGGGCAUGGCAGGGCCCCUCAGGACAUCCGCCGGCCCCAACGCCCCGAUGGCCAGCCUGCUACAGCACCAAGACUCGCACCCCAUUCCCGUAGUGGACCCCAAACUCUUCAACAAGCGACGGUACCGCUCGCCCCGGGUUCUGUUCAGUGCUGUGGCCCCGGGCCCCGAGGGAGAGGGACCAGGCCCCCGGGUGCGAAGGAAAGCCAGUAAGCCGAUGCACCGGGGCGAGUACUCAGUGUGCGACAGUGUCAACCGCUGGGUUAUCAACAAGACGAGGGCCACGGACAUGGCCGGCAACGAGGUGAUGGUCCUCCCCAACUUCAACAUCGACAACGUGGUCAUCAAGCAGUACUUCUUCGAGACCACGUGUCUGACGGGCCCGUCCGGCACCACUGGCUGCCGCGGUAUCGAUGGGCGCCGCUGGAACUCGCAUUGCUCGAACACGCACACCUUCGUGCGGGCGCUGACCUCCUUCCAGAGCCAGGUGGCCUGGCGCUACAUUCGCAUCAACACCGCCUGCGUGUGCGUCCUCAGCCGCAAGUCCUGGAAGCAGUGAGGCCGGGCGGAUGCUGCCGCAGCCCUGCCCAUUAAACCCCACCCACCCACAGCCCUGCCCCAACCCCGCCUCCUCCAAACAGCCGCAACAGCCCUAAUGCCAACCAG